AUGCCGUACGUGCGAAACAUUGUGGCCCAGUGGCAGCCCCGCAACUGCAUCCCGAUUGUGGACUUCCUCGACAGCUGGAGGCACAUCAUUCCGAUAUGGAUCCUGGAUAACAUUCUUGACCAGCUGAUCUUCCCCAAACUGCAGAAGGAGGUGGAGAACUGGAACCCUCUAACCGACACCGUGCCCAUCCACUCGUGGAUACACCCCUGGCUUCCCCUGAUGCAGGCCCGGCUCGAGCCACUCUACUCGCCCAUCCGCAACAAGCUGUCCAACGCCCUCCAGAAGUGGCACCCCAGCGACUCCUCGGCCAAGCUGAUUCUGCAGCCCUGGAAGGAGGUUUUCACCCCGGGCUCGUGGGAGGCUUUCAUGGUCAAGAACAUUGUGCCCAAACUGGGCCUGUGUCUCAACGAGCUGAUCAUCAACCCCCACCAGCAGCACAUGGACGCCUUCUUCUGGGUGAUGGACUGGGAAGGGAUGAUCUCUGUCUCCAGCCUGGUGGGGCUCCUGGAGAAGCACUUCUUCCCCAAGUGGCUUCAGGUGCUCUGUUCUUGGCUCAGCAACAACCCCAAUUAUGAGGAGAUCACCAAGUGGUACCUGGGCUGGAAGUCCAUGUUUUCCGACCAGGUGCUGGCCCACCCCUCCAUCAAGGAGAAAUUCAAUGAAGCCCUGGACAUCAUGAACAGAGCCGUUUCCUCCAGUGUCG